CGACAACUCGAGUUCACCACAUCUUUCCCUGUUCACAGCUCCGCGACAUUUAGAAGACAACCAGCCCAUUUGACCUCUUCUGUCUGCAAGACUAGAGCACAACUGGAUUGCCCCUUCACUCCAUUAUUUUCGCCGUCACAAACACCAACAUGUUCACCCUCUCAGAAGAGUCCAAGGAGCGCAUUGGCAAGAUCAUCGAGGUCUCUCGUGUUGCGAUCCAUUAUGGCUACCUUCCAUUGAUCCUCUAUCUCGGAUAUACCCGCAGCGAACCCCGCCCAUCCGUUAUCCGCCUUCUCUCACCGCUCUCGUAACGAAGAACUCGAAUGGAAUAAUGGCAUGAUGUAUUUGUACGAUGCGAGGUUGCUUGCUUUUGGACCGAAACAAGGCUUAUUGAAGGCUCGAGGCGGCCGCGGUCCGACUGGCAGGGGCGUUGGUUGCAGAUGGCAUUCGGGAGAUCCAGCCUGGUUAAUCAUCUCAGAAUAUGGUUGUAAUACUACUGGGCUUUACGGAGCCCCAAAUACCACUCGGUAAACGUUUGAGAAGCUCUGUGUUGCGAUUUGGCUCUCUCUUGUGAUGAUGCUCCUUGACCCGAAUUUUCUUCGGGGUCCAAUCAGCCUUUAUCUCGGCUUGCUUCGGCGAUUUUUGACCGAGAAAAAUCAUAGCUUCGAGGAUUGUCCAAGCUCUUCAUUUGUCCUUCCA